AUGGCAUCCACGGAUCCCAAGACCACAGACGACAAGCCUGUCGAGCAGAAGCCAGAGCAGAAGCCCGCCGCUCUUGGCGAGGACGACGAGUUCGAGGACUUCCCCGUUGACGACUGGCCAGAGGACCAAACCGAAGCUGCCAAGGGCAGCGGUGAGACAAAGCACCUUUGGGAGGAGAGCUGGGAUGAUGAUGAUACAAGCGACGACUUCUCGCAACAGCUGAGAGAAGAACUCAAGAAAGUCGACGCGGCGAAGCGCCGAUAG